UUAUCUCUUUUCGUGGUAAAUAAACGGACGCCCAUCUGCCCGAAAAAUAAGCGAUUCAUGAUGUUGGUCCAUUAUUCAUUUUCUUGAUGAUGUCAACUGUACCAGUGAAGGAUGUAAAAGUCUCAAACAUGACACAGUGGUUUUGGCACACAGCCAAAAUGGAAGUGAAAUAAGAAGAGUCGUUGCUGUUGGUGACUUUGUGAACGUGUGUGAAAUUGAAAUCGCAUCACCAUGAGUCGAUUAAUCCGGCGUUUAUCAGGGUCUUCACUUUCGUCCAUUACCACCAUUGGGGGGUCGACUAAUGGGGCACCUCUACCGGGUGUUGUGGGGUCUGUCGGGCCCAUGGCUAUCCCUGCAGGAGCUGAUCCCCAGGCUUGUUUUGAAGUGUUCUGCAGUCACUGGGCUCAAAUCAAAGGAAUCAUUGUCAAGCAAAAUGCCAGUGGUGGUCGUUUCCCCCGCACCAAAGCCAGCUUUGACGACAUCCAAGCAGUGGCUAACUACGCCACCCAGAUGAUGUACCUCCUAGUGGAGGAGACCCAACCCACAGAGGGCGUGAUGGGCCACAUGCUGGAGCUAACCAUAGAGGAGAACGUGAUGGACCAGCUGCUGUCGUGGGGCUUACAGUGCGGGGAACAUGUUGAGGACAUGAAGAGGGAGCUGUUACGAAUCUAUGAGAUGAUGCUGGCCCAGGCCAAGCAGGCUGUGCUGAUGCAUAAUGCCCUGUUAAACCCGCUGUUGAGGUUGCUCAUAGCGUGCUCAGAGUACUGCUCGGAUAGAGUGGAGCUGCAUCUUGUCUUGUUGUUACAUCAGCUGUGUGUCUCAUUAUCAAAGGACCCAAUGCUACUGGAAUAUCUGUUCCAUGCCAGCCCUAGCCAGGGGCCAGCCAAGUUCCUUCUCUUCUCUCUCCUGAUUCCGUUUCUUCAUCGUGACGGCAAGGUUGGCCAACAGGCCAGGGAUGCCCUCCUUCUAUGUAUCUCCGUCUCUAGUCAAGGGAGUAAUAUCGCCAAGUACAUUGCUGAGAGUACAAACCUUUGCCCGGUCUUAGCAACAGGCCUGGGGGCAUUAUACUCACGGCUGCCACGUAAACUUGACAUCCGGGUUGACCAUUGGCACUGCUUGACCCGUGAAGAUUGGACAGUAAUCCCUGAACUUUGUAUGUUCCUGCACUCGUUAGAAUUCUGCAACGCUGUUGUCCAGGUGGCACAUCCGAUAGUCAGUAAUCAGCUCAUACAAUACUUCCAUGAUGGCUUCUUGGUACCAGUCAUUGGACCAGCACUUCAUCAGUUCUCUUUUGCCGAUGGCGACAGUGGUGAUGUAGAUAAUCCGAAUCCACAAGACGAGAUUGUAGCAGCUACCGCCUACGUGAAUCUGUUCCUGACCAGCAUCACGGCCCCGCCCCUCAUGAAGGGCUUCCUUCACUACCUGUGCAUGGGUCAACAUGAGGGUCAAUUAGUGUUAGAGUCAUUGCUGUCAAGGUUUAGCACUAACUCCAGGUUGUGUCUUGUGACACUGUCGUUGUUUGACACCCUGGUGAACCUGAACUGUGAGGACUUCAUGCUAGAACUUAUCCUUAGAUACUUGGUGCCAUGCAACCAUUUGAUGGUCAGCCAGCGUAAAGCUAUCCGACAGGUGGACCUGCACAGUAAGUCAGCAGACAGGUUCUUGUCGCUCCGACCGACCUGUUGCAAGACCAAACCCACUAAAGAGGAACCCAAAAAACCAGUGACAGUCCCAGCAGCUAGUGAUGCCAACAGAAUGUCCAAUGGUAACUCGUCACCAGAGAAGAAACAGGUGAAACUUACUUUGCCGAGCCGUGUGUGGACCACCAGGGUUAAAGGCCAGAUUGCCAAACAGCAAGAGCCUUCUCAAGCUGCCGACAAGCUCCCUUCAUCGGCCAGUCAGCCAACAGAACAUUCCUUGGAAGAUUUUGAAACAAGUCAGGUGGAGUACCUCCUCGAUGCCAAAGAGGGGAUACAAGCCUGUACUCUCAGCACUCUGAAUUGGUCUGCACCCUACGAUGGACUCCACCCUCCCCCUGAAACUCUCAGUCCAGAGAUUACGCCUGUUCAUGAAAGGAAAAGGUCUUCAUCCACUUUUGAUAUGUCUACAAAUGCUCCCAACUCUGCAACAUUUGCCGUAUUAGCUGCCGAUGAGGAUACUGGAUUAUCAUCAACUUAUAAGUCUUAUAGUGUAGCGGAAUAUCUUCCAAGACCUAGGGAUAGAAAGCGAAGUGUUGACCCUAAACUAACCGCAACGAUUCAGGAGGUGUUAUCGUUGAAAAUCGGAACUGAUUGUGAAAGCGUGGACACCUCUGAUGUCAAUAUCAUUGAUUUAUUCAUGGAUGAAAAGAAUCAGAGUGCAGUUAACGGAGGUUCUCCAGAGAAUGAGAACAAGUCCUCUCCAAAAAAUGUAGAAUUCAGGCCAGUAGAGAAUGGUGUUGCCGACCAUGCUGAAAUGAAAGGAAGCAGGAACCACACAAGUGAGCCUCAACAGUCUGUGGACCAGAAGCCAUUUGUAGAAAAUACCCCAGGAAGCAGACCAGUUGCAAAUGGUCAUGACGGACAAACUAAACCAUCAGGUAAUCUACAUACCACAGAACCCAAUCAAUCUGAAGAUAUUGUCAGUGAACUCUCCACCCCAGAGAGCCGGGUAAGUUCGGGAAAAUCCAGACCCAGAGAUCUUAAUGUUCCCUGUAAACACUCACAGGAAUCUGAUAGUGCCUUUUCUGGGAGCAACUCGCCAGUUUUAGACAGCAACUACAACGGUGGUAGCUCAAUUCCUCGAGUCAACCCCAUCGGAAGCUCUCACAAGGGCUCCCAGGUUGCCAAUUGGCUGCAAGCUCUUGGGGAGGACACUGACAGUGUCAACUUCAUAGACUCUCUAUCAGAUGAUCAAAAGAGACGAAAGAGACUCAGCCUGACCAGGCCUGAAAUGGAGAGGGAUAGCGACGAACCCUGUGUAUUCUGGGAGUUUGACAUUGAAGCUUCCCCUGAGGCUGUCUCAUCAAAGAGGGCUUCCUCAGGAGGAGACGGUAUCAAGAAUGAGGUUGAUCAGAUCCUGCAUGGGCUGGGAUUCAACGUUCCAAGGGGUGCAAACCACAAAACCAAUUCGAACGGCGGAGCUUAUAGAAAUGCACUCAACAGUGAAGCCAGUGAAGCCAGCACCAUUGAAACUCUAAACUCGUCCAUGAAUGAGAACCAUUUCUCAAUGCUCAACUCAUCAUUCCACUGGGACAGGAGCCUUAAUGCCUCGGGUUUCUCAAAUCAAAGUUUUAAUAAAUCACUGAGGUCCCACUCGUCACCUGUUCAAGGAACUGCACCCAGGUCUAUGUAUACUCCAGUCGGAAGGACUAUUGGUAUGCCAACCACAGGUCCCUUCAUGGAUGCCAUCUUUGCGCGUCUGGAUACCAUGAUGCAGAACUCAUUUUAUGUUAAUCUACUGCUGACUGGAAUCGUAGCCAGACUAGCUUACUACCCACAGCCCCUCAUUCGCUCGUAUCUCCUCAAUACAAGUAUGGUAUUCCAACCAAGUGUCAGGUCGCUUAUACAGGUUCUCACAACAAUAAGGAACAACUUAGAUGCCUAUGCAGCGACCAUCCCCGAAUUUGAAAACCUUCUUGUCCGGGCCAAGGAGUACCUUUUCAUGAGGGAAGAUGGCGACAGCGUUUAUAAAGGACGCUCCCUCAAUGAGAGUGAAGGGCUGGACAAAACUACGAGGCAACGAAGUGGAUCGCUGAAGAGUAGUGUGACCCGCAAAUCAAACGCCUUGGAUCUCUUCCUACGCCGUGGCAGUCGUCGCAACAAAUCAAUCAGCGCGGCGGAGAAACAAAAGCUGUCCAGAAUAAACGAAGCAGGGAUGGCAUUACCGGCUGCAUCUGCAGAGUACCAGUCACUCAAGACAAGGAAUGCUGUCUACUGCGCGGUCAUUUUGGACGAGUUCCUUAAGGAACUGGCAGCCAUUUCUCAAGAGCAUGCUGUUGCGUUCAGUGAGCUGGAACUUGGAUUAAGAUAAAAGACUAAUGGGAGAUUUUUGAGACGCUGACGGCAGCAGACAUAACGGUCGUUUUUGUGGCUCCGCAGUUUUGCGAGCGUAGGUCUGGACACAUGCACUACUGGUCAGAAUUGUGCAAAAGGACCGUCAAAAAGUCUCCCAUUGUGGCAACAAGAAAGACAAGAAGACUCAGCAAAUAGUAGAUUUUUAAACAACUUUUAAAAGAAUUUUUAGCCAUAUAAUAUUUUUUAUGAAUCGUCAAUCUCUUCUUUUUUUUCUUUUCUUUUUAAAAUAUAUGGUUAUUUUGAGUGUACCAAGGUUUAUAUGAAUAAGUGUCUUUUUUCCAAACAUUCCUGGCUUCUGUUGGUGGUUAGUAAUUCAAUAUGCAAUGCACACACACAUUGGUGGGAUGCUAGGGAUUAUUUGCUACGUCUGGCUCCAAAGCUGGAACCAAAGUGUUUAAAGUUUGGUGCGGUUUACGGUAGAUUUAUACAACACUUUGUUACUCAAGAUGCAAGAUACAAGAUACAAGAUGCAUGGAUACAUAUCUGAGUAACAUUAUUUGACCACCAUUCUCCUAAAUCCUUCAAAGUUCAUUUCACUUGGUCUGAUUACAGAGAAUUGAGGACUACCAACAUGAAUAACAGUUGCUUUUUUACCAUAAAACUGUUCUUCUUUUGUUUAUACAAUAACAGGUCUUAUAUAGCGCGCGUACUACCAAUAAGGUACUCAAGGCGCUGAGUAUAU